AGUAUCCUCUGUUUACUAUAGUAUUUGUAAUUAUCUUUUUAACCAUGUGAUCACAUCUCUGCCAGCAAUCCCACCUUUUGUUCUUAGAGUAUUCCUUAUUUAUUCAAUCACGCUAUAAAAGUAGAACUUCAUCAACCCCACGAUAUUCUUUGGUAAAGUCUUGGAGUUUAUAGGGACACAGCAUCGGUUCGGUUCGCCAUUUUUAUCCAUCCUUCCCAUAGAUUUCGUACUGUCGGUUGUGCAAAUGUCAGCGGAACUGUAAAUUUGAAUCUGUCAUGGUUACCGAAGGAGAACCAGCUCACCAGAGUGAUAGUAAUGCUAGCUUUCUCAGAGCAGCUCGAGCUGGAAAUCUUGAAAAGAUAUUGGAAUACUUGAAAGGAAGUAUUGAUAUCAAUACUAGCAAUGCUAAUGGAUUGAAUGCUCUACAUUUAGCUGCCAAAGAAGGCCAUGUUGCAAUAGUUCAAGAAUUAGUUAAAAAAGGUGCUAAUGUAAAUGCCGCUACAAAGAAAGGAAAUACUGCUCUUCAUAUAGCUUCCCUGGCUGGCCAAGAGGAAGUAGCUAAGAUUUUGAUAAAGGGUGGAGCAAAUCCAAAUGUUCAGUCACAAAAUGGCUUCACACCUUUGUAUAUGGCAGCUCAAGAAAAUCAUGACAAUGUUGUCAAGCUUCUUUUGGCCAAUGGUGCUAAUCAGAGUUUAGCUACAGAAGAUGGUUUCACACCAUUAGCAGUUGCUUUGCAACAAGGCCAUGAUAAAGUUGUUGCUGUGCUCCUAGAAAAUGAUGCAAAGGGCCGUGUCCGACUGCCAGCACUACACAUAGCUGCGAAAAAAGAUGACUGCAAAGCUGCUGCAUUGCUUUUACAAAAUGAUCAUGAUCCUGAUGUAACUUCCAAAAGUGGUUUCACACCUUUACAUAUUGCUGCUCAUUAUGGAAAUGAAAACAUUGCAGCACUAUUGCUUGAUAAAAAUGCAGAUGUUAAUUACUCUGCUAAGCAUCAAAUCACUCCUUUGCAUGUUGCAGCAAAGUGGGGGAAGUCAAACAUGGUUACUUUGCUUAUUGAUAAAGGAGCUAAAAUUGAUGCGGCCACUAGGGAUGGACUGACACCUCUGCAUUGUGCUGCCAGAAGUGGUCAUGAUCAAGUUGUAGAUUUGUUGCUUGAAAAAGGAGCUCCAAUUACUGCUAAAACCAAGAAUGGUUUGGCUCCUCUUCAUAUGGCCUCCCAGGGUGAUCAUGUUGAUAGUGCAAGAAUUCUUUUGUAUCAUAAAGCUCCUGUUGAUGAUGUGACUGUGGAUUAUCUUACAGCUCUUCAUGUAGCUGCUCAUUGUGGUCAUGUUCGAGUAGCAAAAUUACUUUUAGAUCGUAAAGCAGAUCCAAAUGCUCGUGCUUUAAAUGGAUUUACGCCUCUUCAUAUUGCUUGUAAAAAAAAUAGGAUUAAGGUGGUUGAAUUACUUCUGAAACAUGGAGCUUCUAUAGAAGCUACUACUGAAUCUGGUUUGACACCUCUUCAUGUUGCCUCAUUUAUGGGUUGCAUGAAUAUUGUCAUCUACCUUAUCCAACAUGGAGCUAAUCCUGAUGUACCUACGGUACGAGGAGAAACGCCUUUGCAUCUUGCAGCUCGAGCCAAUCAGUCAGACAUUAUACGUAUCCUUCUUCGAAAUGGAGCUCAUGUUGAUGCUUCAGCCAGGGAACAACAAACUCCUCUACAUAUUGCUGCACGUCUUGGAAAUGUUGAUAUUGUUGGCUUAUUAUUGCAGCAUGGUGCAGCAGUUGAUGCGACUACUAAAGAUAUGUAUACUGCUUUACAUAUAGCUGCCAAAGAAGGCCAAGAGGAAGUAGCAUCUGUUCUUCUUGACCAUGGAGCCUCUUUAACUGCUACUACAAAAAAAGGUUUUACACCUCUUCACUUAGCUGCAAAAUAUGGGAACAUUAAAGUGGCUAGGCUUUUGCUUCAAAAGGACGCUCCUGUUGAUGCUCAGGGAAAGAAUGGCGUCACUCCCUUACAUGUUGCUGCACAUUAUGAUCAUGUCAAUGUUGCUUUAUUACUUUUGGAUAAAGGAGCAUUUCCUCAUGCGACAGCUAAAAAUGGAUACACUCCAUUACAUAUUGCUGCAAAGAAAAACCAAAUGGAUAUUGCCACUACUCUCUUGGAAUAUGGUGCAAAGCCUAGUGCUGAGUCAAAAGCUGGAUUCACUCCUCUGCAUCUUGCAGCCCAGGAAGGACAUAGUGAUAUGACUACCUUGUUAAUAGAACACCAUGCUGAUGUUAAUGCUCCAGCUAAGAAUGGCUUGACACCAUUACACUUGUGUGCCCAAGAGGAUAAAGUGAAUGUAGCUGCCAUAUUAGUUAAGAAUGGCGCUAAAGUUGAUCCUCCAACUAAAGCAGGUUAUACACCACUUCAUGUUGCUUGCCAUUUUGGACAAAUAAAUAUGAUUCGUUUCUUAUUACAACACGGAGCAGAUGUAAAUGCAACAACUUCUCAUGGUUAUACACCUUUACAUCAAGCUGCCCAACAAGGCCAUACUUUGAUCAUUAACUUGUUACUAGAGCACAAAGCUUCUCCUAAUACAACCACAAAUCAAGGGCAAACUGCACUUUCAAUUGCACAAAGACUUGGUUAUAUUUCUGUUGUGGAGACUCUAAAGAUUGUGACGGAAACUAUUGUGACAACAACUACAACUACAAUUACGGAAGAGAAAUACAAAGUAGUUGCACCUGAAACCAUGCAAGAAACAUUUAUGAGUGAUUCUGAAGAUGAAGGAGGUGAUGAUAUAGAAGACACUUCACUGUAUGGGAAACCGGCCCAUGCCACCCAUGUGUACCUACCUUAUAUUGAAGGUCAAAAGUUACUAAUGACUGAAGAUCAAAUGAUGGGAGACCAGUCAUUACAUUAUAUGACUACAGAUGAACUAAAAGCAUUACACGAUGAUAAUACUCUUGGUAUCGAUGUCACUAGGGAUGAAAGAGAGCAUGGUUCAUCAACCCUCAUUGCACCUUUAACUGCGGAAGAGGAUCAUUUGACUCCUCAACAUGUUGUUCAUCAAGAGGCUACUUUUAGCAGUAGUAUGGCUCCUGAUAAUGUUGAUCUUGCAAGAGCACCAGUACAUGCUGGCAAGCUGAAGUGGAAGACCUUUUUGGUAAGUUUUAUGGUUGAUGCAAGAGGAGGCGCAAUGAGAGGUUGCCGUCACUCUGGGGUACGAGUGAUUAUUCCCCCUCGAAGAGCACCAAUGCCUAUGCGAAUUACUUGUAGAUAUUUGCGUAAAGAAAAGCUAGCAUAUCCUCCACCUUUAAUGGAAGGUGAGGCAUGUGCAUCUCGCAUUCUGGAAGUUGGUCCAUCUGGUGCAAAAUUUUUAGGCCCUGUAAUCAUAGAAGUACCCCACUUUGCAUCCCUACGAGGUAGAGAACGUGAAAUAACUAUUUUAAGGAGUGACAAUGGUGAAACUUGGCGUGAACAUUCCCUUGAAGCAUCAGAUGAUGCUGUCCAUGAUGUUUUCAAUGAAAGCUUUGAAGGCGAAGAAUUAACUGCAAUUGAAGACCUCAGUACCAAUCGCAUCACUCGCAUUUUGACCACAGAUUUUCCCCAGUACUUUGCUAUAAUUACUCGGAUACGGCAAGAAGUUCAUGCCAUAGGUCCUGAAGGGGGCAUGGUUAGUUCUACUGUGAUUCCUCAGGUGCAAGCCAUUUUCCCUGAAGGUGCCUUGACGAAGAAGAUCAAAGUUGGACUUCAGGCACAGCCAAUAACACCUGAACUUGUUACUAAACUACUGGGAAAUCGUGUGGCUGUUAGUCCUAUAGUUACAGUUGAACCCCGAAGAAGAAAGUUUCACAAGCCUAUUACUUUAACUAUUCCUGUCCCCCAGGCUGCAACUAAAGGGAUGAUAAAUCAAUAUAGUGGUGAUGCUCCUACCCUGAGGUUACUGUGCAGUAUAACAGGUAGUACUAAGACAGGUGGAACCACUAAAGCCCAAUGGGAAGACGUUACUGGUUCAACUCCCCUGACAUUUGUGAACGACUGUGUUUCUUUUACAACCACUGUAUCAGCGAGAUUUUGGCUUAUGGAUUGUCGCCAAGUAAACGAAGCAACUAAGUUUGCUACCGAACUUUACCGUGAAGCCAUUCAUGUUCCCUUUAUGGCAAAGUUCGUGGUGUUUGCAAAAAGACGUGAUCCUUUAGAAGCCCAAUUACGAGUAUUUUGCAUGACAGAUGAUAAAGAAGAUAAAACUCUUGAAUCUCAGGAACACUUCACAGAAGUAGCAAAAAGUAGAGAUGUGGAGGUUUUGGAAGGAAAGCUGCAAUACCUUGAAUUUGCUGGUAAUCUUGUCCCAGUCACAAAGUCAGGAGAGCAAUUAAGUUUCACAUUCCAAGCCUUCAGAGAAAACAGAUUACCAUUCACAAUUCGCGUAAAAGACACACAUCAAGAACCCAUGGGAAGGGUGGCAUUUAUGCGAGAACCAAGAGUUGGCCGUGGAGAACCUCCUCAGACACCUAUUUGUAAUCUUAACAUAGUAUUACCAGAGCCGGAUCUCACACCUGUAUCAGAAUUAGUAACAUUAGAGAAGAAAUAUGGAUUCGUUCAAGAAACAAGUUUAGCAAAACCUGAACUUAUACACAGAGCUGAUUUACGACUUUCAGACAUUGCUAAAGAAUUGGGAAAUGACUGGAUUCCUCUUGCAUUACAGCUUGAUCUACCAGAAUCUGAUAUCAAUUCAAUUAGAUCUGAAAAUCCAAAUGAUACAACCCAACAGGCACUUGUAAUGUUAAGACACUGGCUGCAUAAGUCUGGAAGCAAAGCUACUGGAAACUUGCUAGAAAAAGGACUAAGAAAAAUCAACAGAGAAGAUAUUGUUAAUCAGUGUAUGUUUAAUGUUGAACUGGUAACAGAUGAUGUAGAAAAGGCAGUUGCUAAAGUACAUUUAGAUCAAUCAGGAUUUGAUACAUUUAAAGAAGAAUUAGGUUCGUCGAGAGAUGCUUCAUUAAGAAGAGAUGCAUCUCUUAAUGGAACUUUUGAUGAACAAGAUAUUAUGAAGGAAGCUGAAUCUGCUGCAGAAACAAGUAGUGAAAGCUCUGAUAAGGAAGGUCAUUUCAGAUCUGAAACAAGACAUUCAGACAAAGCUUCUAAAAGAACUGCUGAAGCUGUUUCUCACUCUGCUAAUAAGAGUUUUGAAGAAGGUCCAGAGACACUUGUACAAAAUAUUCCUUCAGCUUUAUCUGAAACCUGUCCUCAAAAUAUGAGCAAUGGCCAAGUUUCAGAUGCUAGUGUUCAUGAAGAUGAUAAAUCAGAACUAACAGCAGCAACUUUGUCUAGUGAAGCAACUGCUGAGAUGGAAGUAUCUUCAUUAGAAGAUAAAUCUCAAACUGAAACUCAUGUGGAAAAGAAAGAAUGGACUGAAACUGAUGAAUCUGGCUGUGUGAGACAAGUUACAGUAGUCAAAACUGAAACUUCAAUAAAUUUUGAAGGUGAUGAUGCUGUCAAGUCACUAAGGAAGGUACCUGAGAAGAAUGGAUCUGACUCAGAGAGGAAGAGUUCCACAGAUUCGGAGCAAGAUGACUUGAGCUUCACUGAAAAAAAAAGUUAUUUUCAGAGACUUUCCCUGACAACUGACUCAUUGCCAUCUACUGACAAGUGGACUCGUGAUGUAUCUCUAGAUGAUUUGCCUAUGGCUGAAGGAGAGAUAGUACAGGAACAAAUUAGCUUUGAAGACAAAUUAAAAAUGUUUGAGCCUGAUGAGGGUAAUCGAAAGAAAAUUCAGAAAAGAGAGAAACAAGAGCAACCUACUGUGUACCAUUAUGAUUUUACAAAAGGCUGCAAAGUUAAACCUGUUGCUACAGAAUAUGUUGUCUCAGAACUGGAGAAAGCUGAAGAAAUUGUAAAACAAGUGAGUGAGGAAAUUAGUGUUGAAGAAAACCGCCUGAAUGAUUCUAUGUUUAAUGUAGGUGAUAAAGUGGAGCCUGAUUUGAAUUCAGCUAUCACUUUGGAGAAGGUUGAACAAGAAGUGUAUUCUCUCUUGGCUGAAGUAGACAAAGAAGAAAAAGAACUAUCAAAAAGCUCAGAUAUAAUAGAUGAUGUUACUUCUCCCAUUAGCUCUUUGGGUGUGGGUAAAAUUAAGGGAGAUGAAUCUAUUGAGUUUGAGACAGAAAAGAAGGAAAAAGCAAUUCUUGAUUUAGAACAUUUAGAGAUGGUUGCAACAUUAAGUACUGAAAGAAUUGUAGCAGAAGAUAAUUCUGAGCCAGAUAUCGAAGUUGAGGAGAAAGCAACACCAGCACAAGUUCAUCCUGUUGAAGAAACAUCUUCUAUAGAAAUGCUUGAACCUAGAAAUUUGGAUCAGAUCAAAGACACCCAUGUAUAUUCUGAAUAUGAAGAUGAAACUUUCAGAAAAAUGAGCGUCGAAUUAUGUAGGAAGGACGAAUUGCAUGAAGCUAUAAAACUGGACGAAGACGACAGCUUCGAGGGUAGACCAGGUGGAGACAGGCCAUCAAACCUUGCAACAAUUUCCUCUGUGGUUGAUAACCUUAUCAAGUCAGAGAUUCUACAAGAGGAAAUAGACCAAUCAAUUGAAGAAAGCCCUCUCGAAGUGAAACAAAUUGUUGAAGACCUACAGAAAAUUUCUGAUUCUGAAGAUCAUAAAUGUAAUGUUUAUAAGCAAAUCAGAACUGAAAUUUUCUCACAAGAAUUGGGGGCCGAUAUUGAAAGUGGUUCUCCUGAAAGGAAGGAGCUGGGAGCUUUUUCUUUGAAAAAGUCUGAUAGUCUCAGUGAUAUUUCAGGAGAAAAACUUGAACAUGAACCAUCUGCUUCUUCUGAAUAUGGAAUUAAGGAUGCAUUUGAUGACACAGAUUCAUGCCCACGUGCGUUUCGUAAAUCAAUAUCGCCCCAGAUUUCGGAAGAUAGUUGUGGGCCUACUGAUGACAUUUCUUCAGAAGGUGUAGUGGUUGAACCUGAUGAGCACUUAGUGGAUUACGAUGAAGCAAAAGAUGAGCAUUCUCUAACUGAGCAACUCCAAGCCCUUGCGUCUGAUUCUAAAAAUUUGAUAAUUGACCCUUUGCUGCAAUCAUUAGAUUUCGGAACUCAAGAAUUUGAACACAUAUCAUCUGGAAUGAGCAGUAGCUUAUCCGAUUUAGAAGUUCAUCGCAGAGCUAAAGAUAUAACUUAUUCUAGGCAUGAUAAAAAAGAGAUUAGAUCAUUGAAAUCUACCAAACAGGUAUCUACUAUCGAAGAACAUUCCUCUAUUGAAUCUUGUGAUUCUUCUCAAGAUUUAGGAUUGCAUGAUCUUCCUGAAAAGUAUGACCCUAAAAAUGAUUCAGAUGAAGACGAUGAUAAUGAUGAAGAUGGCAAAGGAAUGGUUGUCAUAAAAACAUGCGACGUUGUGAAAGAUGGUGAUUUAAAACGAGCUUCUGAAGAUAUAGAGCAAAAAACUUCUCCCGAAGAUGAGAAAUUGUCUGGUUUGCCAACAGAUUCUGAUCUUGAACCGAAUUUAUUGCAAAGGCAUUCAGAUAGCACUCCGGAAACUUCUAAAAUGUCCAGGUCGGAUAGUAAAUCUUCUCAUAGUAAGAAAAGUGAUUCAGAUGCAGAGGGAUCUAAAAUUGAUAGUGCUGGAGAGUCAUCUGGGAAACGAAAAGAAGAAUCUUGUUCUAGUUCUGGAGAUACUGAAAGUCCAUAUUAUUCAGUUGAAACUUCCGAUAGUGGACGAACGCCACGAAGUACACCUGCUGCUAGCCGACCUUGUUCAUCUGAAUUUGAUAUUAACGUUUUUAGUGGCCACGGAUCAGAAUAUGAAACAUGCGUAACAUCUCAAGAGGCAUCAGGUGAAGCUUCUGGAUCUUAUGCAACUGCAGUUUCAUCACAAGAAAUAUCAUAUGCAACGGCAUGCUCAUCAUUUAGCCACAGCUCUAGGGAAUCUGCUUAUUCUGUAGACUCCGAGAGUUCUGGUCAUCUUGCUAGCGUAGAAGUUUCAUCUGAAGCCAGUGAAACUCUUGUACCGUCUGCACAAGAAAUGGAAUUGGAAUUUGCGCCAGAUUUGGAAAUGCCAGUUUUAGAUGAAGAGCCUGCUGUAGACGAUUCAGUUAGAGAACCUUAUGAUAUGGAUAUUCCCGAAGCAAUAAUUAGAGGGGGUAUAGAAAUGCCUUUCAUGACAAGUUGGGAUUUCACUGAACCUGCUGAAAAUGAAAAAAUGAAACAACUACCUCAGCAGUGGAAGUGGCAAUUCGCUGCAGAAUCUGAAGUUUCUGACAAAUUUGAAGUUCUUGAAAGUGAUGAUACUGUUGAAGACUCUAAAUUUAUUAAAGCUUCUGUUGCUGACACGCAACAGGACAAUUCUUGUGCCAAUAAAGCAAAGAGUGAAGAUACAAAACAUUUUUACCCACAAGUAGGUAGUUCGUCUUCUCAUAGUGGACCAUUUCAUAGAAGGUCUGUUAGUUCUGUUGUUGAUAUAAUUCCUGAUAAAGAGCAUAUCGAACCAAUUCCCAUACCAUUAGAAGAAGAGCAGCUUUCUGUAUCUGAAAGUUCUGCAACUCACAGUGAACAAACUUGGCAGACAUCUAGUAUAGAUACUGCAGUUCAGCUUUCUUCUUCCCAUGCUCCAGCAAGUGAUGCAUCCAACAUUCUGCUGGAUUCAUUUCAAGAAACGCCCCCUGAAAAAGAGCUUACCGCGGAAUUGGAUCAUUCUUCUAAUCAAGAUUCUUCUUACUUGCAGCUAAAUGGUCCAAUCGAAGUUGAUUAUAAUCCAGAUUAUGACAAUCCUGAUGCAGAUUCAGAGCUUAAUCAGAACCAGUCAUCAAAUGCUUAUGAAGCUGAAGGAUUGCAAUUUGAUCUGGAAAUGGAGGGUGCAUCAGCUAUCAACAGUAAUGCAGGGGAAUCUCCUUCCAAUGUUCAUGCAGAUUCUGAAAACGUCCAGUUUGAACUUGGGAGCAAUCAGAGUUUGAUAGUUGAUAAUCAGUGUGCGCAAUUAUCAGGUGAUUAUGAGUCGCCAAGCACUGUAGAUGCUGAUAAACCUGAAGCACAGCAACAGCAAUCCUUAAGUUUUAGAAACUAUGAGCUUCGAGAGUCAGAAUCCCGUGUGUGUUCAGAUCUUACUAGUUAUCUACCCGAAAGUGAUCAAUGUGAGUUAUUGCCUGAAGGAAUGGAAUCAUUACCUCCUAGUUUUGAAAGUGAAAUUAAUAUUCCAUGUGCCGAAUCUGUUAGUAGUAGUGAAGGAGUAUCAAAUCUAGAAACAAGAUCAAAUCUAUUAUCCGAUCUGGUAAAUGCCGAUUCUCUUGAAAAAGCUGACGCUGUUGAUACAUCUCCUGAAGAUGAGCGUUAUGAUUACAAAUCUAUGAAACCUAUCACUAAAUCGCCCAAAGAAGAAAAUUCUGACAUUUUAAAUCCAGAAUCAGAUUACGCAUCUCAACAAUUUGCUUCAAAAUAUGAUGAAGUACCUGGAACAGAUUUAUAUACGCAUCAGGAAGAAGAAGAAUUUGAUAUAAGAGAAACAUAUCUUAGUCCUAUUCCCUCAGUUGAGGAGGAUAAACAGAGUACUCCUAGUUCCGAGGCAUUUCAUGGUAGACGAUUUUUUCCUAGAAGUAGCGAUACUUCUGCUGCAUCCUCACUUCAAGAAUUUGAGAGGCUUGAAGCAGAGAUAGCUGCUGGAAGAAUCAGCCGUUCAUCUAUUGAUUCUAGUGAGAAAGUAGUUGUUACAAAAAGUGGUGAGCACGAUGAUGUAUCCAUGUCUUCCUUGACUGAGUUUGAAAAACUUGAAAAAGAAUGUACCGAAGCAAUAAUUGAUAAUAAAACUGCUGCUGAAGAUAUAAUGAUGUUAUCCGAAAUAGAGGAAGGGCUCGAAAGCCAAUGUUCGGAUGUCAUUGAAAUUUUACAUGAAUCAUUACACGAAGGUUCUGACUCUUCCGAGUAUGAGCGUCGAAGAGUCGAUAUAGAAGAAAUAAUUAAAGUCGCGCAGGUCAAUGUAGAAAGGUUUCAGGAAGAAACUGUAUCAGAAGGUGCUACUUCUGAAGAAUGCACCACAGUGCUUGUAAAAGUUUUAUCCGACGCUCAGGAUUCAUCAGAAUUAACAAAAGGAUCGAGCAAAGAGGAUGGUAACACUGAUUUUGAGGAAUCUGAAAAUUUACCUCUCACUUUAGAAAAUGAUAGCACUACUGGCGGUCAUGACUCAAGUUCUAGUGGUGAGAAAUUUUGUGGGAAUGAGAAAUUAGACUGUAUGGUAUCCAGCACAGAUUCAAUGGAUCCUAGUAGCUCUACGGCGACGCACGCCACUUACCAGUUCGAAACCGACUCUGUUAUGUCAUCGAGCCUCAAUAGUGCUCAGGCUUCUGGUGAAGAGUGCACUAUGGUCUCCAGCACUGACACUUUAGAGCCGGAACCUAAAAUAACCUAUUCUCAUGGUGAUUCAGAGACUGAAGAAAAAACUCAUCUUUGCAGUAGAACUGAGGAAACCAUAGCUCUUAGCAGUAAAGGAGCUUUAGAGUACAAGUUGAAAGAAUUGCAAAGUACUAACGGAGCAAAACAGCAAAUGGAGAUGUUUCUUUCAAAAUUAACUGAUGAAUCUGUAUUGAUGGAUGAUUUUGCUUCUCAUUCAUUUCCAGAUAUUCUUGAUGAAUCGGAACAGCAAACAGCACCUGACGAUUUUACACAGACCUUUGAAGCCGCCCAUGGAGUUAGUUCGUCAGGAGAUGGUGAAGCUCUUGAUAGUGAUGAUCUAGUCAGUUCUACUACAACCACUACUACAACUAGGGUAGUGACUUCUGUAAUUUCUGAUCCGGAUGUUCAAAGCGAAGUGGAGAGCAGCUUUGUUCAGCAGCUGUCUGGAGAUGACAUUAGGCAAAGUUGCGAGAUUACGUUCAGUGACACCGUACAUGACACUUCCAGACCUGAUGAGUAGAUGACAUCUAGAUGAACACUGACCCAUUCUUUUUUUUUUUUUUAUUUGUAAAAGCUGUUUGAAGUCUAAUGCUGUAAUCGCUAAGCGACGGUUACUUGACAGUUUUAAGUUUCCUAAUUCACCAGCCACUUGGUGUGCCAUAACAGCCACGUUGUACAGCAAUGUAAUGUAACCGAAAAAAUGUAUUCUAUGAAUUGAUGGUGUAACACACUCUGUCUCUCUAUCAUUCGAAGCAAAAAUUAAAAUUCUUUAUAAUUUAUGUCCUCGUACAGAGGGGAUCAUCACUACAGUAUAUGCCGUUUGUUUCUAGUGCACUGUUUUAUUGCAUCUCUAGUAGACAUUCUUGAUAGUGUUUUUAAAUUUUAAAAAUGAGAAUCUAAAGGAAGUUGAGAGCUUGUGUUUUGUAAAAGCUUGUAGUAGGUUCUGCUGCUUCUAACAAGGAAAUGGACAUUUGCAAUUGUUGGUCCGUCUAUCGAAACUUCCCAGUGUUGUGUUGGUGGAAAUUUUAAAUAUGAAAUAUUUUGUUUGUAAUAGAUUUUAGUCUUAACUUAUCUGCUUCUCUGUGUUGUUAGCUGCAAAAAAUUUAAUAAAAUGUGUUCAUAUGAUUUAGAAAA